AACCUAUACUGUAUAUAAUACAGGCUCUCGUUUAAGUAUUAAACCAUUUAAUAAUCUAUUUAACAUUUUGGCAUAAUUGAAAAAAUUGGAAAUUAUUUUGAACCGUAAAAUGUCGACUAAUUUAAUAUUGAUUGUAUUAAUGGUUGCAUUUAUGGCCUGUGUUUCCGGCAAUAAUAAGGUCAGCGAAGGCGACAAAGAGGCCGCCGAAGGCAUGUCUGUUCUCUAUUGCGACAAAUGCCAUGACUCGGACACUGAAAAAUUAAUCUCCGCCUACAAGACGUGUACCGCAAAGAGUAACUGUAAGGACGAGACAGUGAGCGGUGAUAUAAUGAAGUUCGGACAAUGCGUUCAGGCGUUGUAUCCGAAAGAGUUCGCUAAAAUCCUAUCCAUAAGAGAGGCGCAGAUGUCUAACCCGGAGGAGUGCGUCAACCAAAUGAAGACUGAGCUUCAGGGUUACGCUCGGGCCGACCCAAGCGGUGUUGUCAAAGUGAUGGACUGUUUCCGAGCUAAUGUUGUGCCCGACCAUUUGGCUAAAUGCCAUUAA